GUUUCGAGCAAGCAGUCGAGGACAUUUCUGACGAAAGCAAAAUUGUAAAAAUGUCGAAGGAAACAUACAGAAGAGUGCGUUACUCGGUUGAGGGACAUGAUCGCGCAUUAAGAUAUGUAAGAGAAAUUGAAGACAUUCAUCGUGGUUAUCUUUUCUUUUGUAUGGGUAUUAUGGUUGCAGCCUUUAGUGGUACGUUAGUUAUGGUAUCAAGUAUGGAGAUUUGUAUGCAGUUCUAUCAGUGUUGCACCUUCUUAGUUGUUCAAUUGAUGCAUAUGUUUUUCCUGACACUUCAAGGACAGUUUGUAAUUAAUUCAAACAACGAGACUUAUAAUAAAAUAUACGACGGAUUAUGGUACAAUACCGUACCUAAAACGCAAAUAUUAUACAUCUUAGCAUUAAGAUCGAGCAUGACUCCUCCUCAAAUAACAGCCGGAGGUCUUAUUCCAAUGAACCUGCAAACCUUCGCAGACGUGAUAAAAACAUCAGUUUCGUACUUUACAGUGUUGAAAGCUACGUAACCGAAUGAUCGAGAUAAAGGAAUUGAUUACUAUAAGAAAGGCAAAACGAUAGAUGACACGUAUGGUGUCUUAAGAUAAGGUGCACCAUGAACACAUAAUUGGUAUACGUGUUGCA